GCGGCUGUUGCGGUGGGGGAUAGAAAUGCUGCGAUGGCGGGUAGAACUGCUGCUGCUGCUGCUGCUGCUGCUGCUGCUGCUGCUGUUGGUACAGUUGCGGCGCUGGAGGGUACUGGGGCUGCAGCUGGCUGGGAUGGGACGGAUGGCCUGGAUAGUGGGGGUGCUGGGGUGGCGAGACGGACGGGACUCGUCCAAGGUUGGUGUCAGUGGUGGAGAGAUUGGAUGUGGACAGGAGCGGGGAGGGCUUUACGGUCUCGGAGACAGUGGCUGGCGACGGGAAGAAAGGAGCGGUGGAUGAAGUCGAUUCGCCCGCAGACGACGGAAUCACAAUGGCAUCGGCGCGAUCCGAUGGCUUGGUCAGGGCGGGGUCGGUCGAUAUGGGUGGUGGGGCAGAGCCGGAGGCCGUGGGUCGCUGGGGGGAUGUCCGCUUUGGCUGUUUCUGGGACCGAUGCCGCUUGGACCACAUGUAGCAAAAGACGACGGCAAAGACCAGCAGCAGAACCCCAAGCCCGGCGGCCAGAUACACCCAUAUGGGAAGAGCUUGCCAGUCCAUUGGGCCGGAGCCUCUUGGCUAGGACACGGGCGGGAGGGCGAUGCGGCAGGCCGACGACGACAGGCGGCGACGGAUCGAAAGGGAUCGAUGGAUGGCAGAGGGCAGACACGAGGGGGGAGAUGCCCUGCCGACUUUGAGGGGAAUCGGCCGGCAGCGCUCGAGCAGGGCAGAGGACAGGAGCGACCGAGGGGGCACGCAGACCGAUG